AUGGAAAAAACAGACAAAGCAGAAUUCGUAUAUGAAUAUACAAGACGCAGAAGAGAAUUUGGCAGACAAACUCUUUUUGAAGACAAAAAUGCAGAACUUAGUGUAAGCAUACCUUCCGAUCCGUCAAUGUAUAAACACUAUAUUUUAAGAAAUCCGGUAAAUGUGAGCGUCGAAAAUACUAAGUCUAUGUCCGAGCAUUGGGUCAAUUCUGUAAGAGCCGAAUACACAAGCUCGGGAGUUAACCAUGUAGAGGGAGGUUGGCCGAAAGAUAUCAAUAUUAACGAUCCAGAAGCAACUCAACGAUAUCGGAGAAAGAUAGAGAAAGACGACGCUUACAUACACGCAGUCAUGCAUCUCGGCCACAGUAUGGAACAUAAUAUUCUUCAGAACAAUGCAGUAGAUAUGUAUCAAAUAUACUAUUCUGAAUUGCCCUCAAUACCACCGGUGGAGCGGAGUAGCUGUCAUACAGUCAAUGUGUAUAGAGAACCUGGGACUAACAGACGGCCUAUUCGAUCUUUAUCGUGGCAACAAGAGGGAGCAAGACUUGCAUCAGCUCACGCUGACAUCUGUUUCACGAGAAACUCUAGAAGUCUACAGUUAUCCUACAUUUGGGAUAUAGAAAAUGCAAAUGCUCCAGAAUUGACAAUAACUCCGCCGCAGCCUCUCUUAGAUUUGCAGUACAAUCCUCGCGAUCAACAUAUUCUUGUCGGAGGUCUAAUGAAUGGUCAAGUAGGAUGUUGGGACAUGCGGCGAGGAGGUGAAGUCAUUGCUCUGUGUCCACCUCACGUAGCACAUAGAGAACUAACGAGAAAUGUCCUCUUUAUUAAUUCAAAAACUGGAGCAGAAUUCUUCUCAGCAUCCCCUGAUGGUGUCGUCAAAUGGUGGGAUACAAGAAACAUGAGUGAACCAACAGAUUUUAUGAUCAUAGAUCCUGUUAAAAGUAACAAUGACACUCAAAGUGUUGAAAAUGCACUCGGAAUAUCUGCCCUGGAAUAUGAACCAACAAUACCUACUCGUUUUAUGAUCGGUACCGAGACUGGUCUAGUCGUUGGAGGGAAUAGAAAAGGAAAAACUCCUUUAGAGAAACUACCUUCAAAGUACGAAGCACAUCUUGGUCCUGUAUAUUCAUUGCAAAGAAACCCUACGUUUCUGAAGAAUUUCUUAACAGUUGGUGAUUGGACAGCGCGAGUGUGGAGUGAGGACUGUCGGGAGUCUUCAAUACUGUGGACACAUCCUCAUAAAACUAAAUUAACUGAUGGGGCAUGGAACCCAAUAAGGUUCUCCCUGAUGCUGGUGUGUCAGUGGGACGGCUGUCUGUCGUGCUGGGACCUACUCAGACGACGAGCGGCUCCCGUCGUCACGGCGCAGCUCUGUGAUGAGCCCUUGUUGAGAGUACGACCUCAUGAGGGGGGCCUUCUAGUGGCGUGCGGCAGUAGUAAAGGUACGGUCUACUUGGCGGAACUGUCAGAGAACCUCGGAACAGCUGACAAAAAUGACAAACAACUUUUGACACAUAUCCUAGAACGCGAGAACAAACGCGAGCGAAUCCUGGAGGCGCGCAUGAGAGAAUUACGUCUCAAGAUGAGGCAGGACCGGGACGUGGGGCAUACGGAAGGAGACUCCGCCCCCACGGAUAAAGACCUAGAAGAGGCCGCUAAUGAAUACUUACUGAUGGUACAACAAUUACAAGAACAACAGAACAACCAAGACUUGGGAUAG